UCUCCAAUCGCCGUCUCCGUCCGCCCUCCAUCCUUCGUCCUCUUCUCCUCCAACGCUUUCUCUCAUCCUUCUCACCUCUCCUCCUUUUCUCAUCGAUCCACGACAGCCGCCGUCGCCGCCGUAACAGCAGUCCAUAAUCUUCGUCAUCAUCAUUAUGAGCCUGCUCGUCAGCCUCCUGCGUCCAGUAGUCACUUACAGUCCGCGGGACUCUCCCUCGCGGCCCGCAUGUCCGCCGCGCUGACCACCUUUGGGGCGGAAAUAGCACGUGUUCGUCCGCCACUCCUAUUCCUGCGGUCGCUACGCCUCCUGUCGGUGGCUCCUCCCAGUACCAGCGUGGGCCCCCCAGCUCCGGCAGAGGCGCCGGCCCUGCCCCCGCUACUGCGCCUGACUUGGCCUCCUCCAAUGCCCCGCCCCAUCAGUAACAGGACUAUCUUCAACGGCUUACAACCCGCCACCUUGUCGCCUCCGAUCUUGCUCAGCAUGGUAUACUACAUCGAUCGGCUCUGCGCUCUCUAUCCGGCCUUUACCGUCUCGAGUCUGACUAUUCACCGAUUUCUUAUUGCUAGUGCGACCGUCGCCAGUAAAGGUCUCAGUGACAGUUUCUGGACUAACAAGACAUAUGCUCGCGUGGGAGGUAUCAGCAUGGCGGAGUUGGCUCUUCUGGAGUUAGAGUUUUUAUUCCGCGUAGAGUGGCGGAUUGUACCCCAGCCUGAAGUGCUGGUGGAUUACUAUCAAAGCCUCGUCGAGAGGUGCGACGGGUAUGAAAUCCUGCGUGAAGGCUGAGUACUUUCACUGCACCGAUGCAGCAGUCAGUUGGAUUCCAGCGCUGUUAUUCUCCUUUCCAUAGGUGGUCGUUCAGAUCUCCAAUCAUUGUAUUGUAUUUCUACAUACCAUACAUCUAAAGCGGGAACGGAGUUGAUCUUCUUAUGCAUUAACGGGCGAUGUGGGACAUUUUUCUCAUUCUGGUGCUGUGUAAUGCCUUAGGAGCCUUCUUUGGCCUUGUUAUCACCUUCUUCUUCUCAUGCUUCUACGACCUUGCGGACUACCUGGUCAUGAUCUCUGUACAGCUUCACGCUAUUUUUCGGGCGUUCGAUUGUUACUAGCGUGUGGGAUAUCAUACUCCUUUAUCAUUUCGAGCUAAUUUAAGCCUCCUACGUAUAUUUGUC